AGCUGGGCACGGUGGAGGGGAGGCGGGACGAGGAGAAGUUGUCCAUGUCGGCGCAGCGCACCAUCCUCUACGCGUAAAGGAACGCAAAAGCGGAAUCUUCAGGCUUCACAGACCGCUGCUGGUAAAUGGACUGAAACCCGCUGUCCGAGACCUAAUUCUAUCCAAUUAAGGCAUCGCCAGGCUCAGAUGUUUCGAUGAAUUUCUUCGGCAAACUACCAGCCUUCCUGCUGUUGGUGCUCCUCGCAGCGCAAGGCUGCUUCUCAUCCAAGGCAGAGGACAGAUUAUUCCGAAGGUUGUUCCGAAGAUACAACCAGUUCAUCCGACCUGUGGAGAAUGUGUCUGAUCCAGUUACGGUGGAGUUUGAAGUGUCCAUAUCACAGCUUGUUAAAGUGGAUGAGGUGAAUCAAAUUAUGGAAACUAACCUGUGGCUGAGACAUGUUUGGAACGACUAUAAACUGAGAUGGACCCCUGUUGAAUUCGAUGGCAUCGAGUACAUUCGAGUUCCAUCCAACAAAAUCUGGAGACCGGAUAUUGUCUUAUACAACAAUGCUGUUGGUGACUUCCUUGUAGAGGACAAGACCAAAGCUUUGCUGAAGUUUGAUGGCACCAUCACUUGGGUCCCCCCAGCUAUAUUCAAAUCCUCCUGCCCAAUGGACAUCACUUACUUCCCCUUUGACUACCAGAACUGCUCGAUGAAAUUUGGGUCCUGGACUUAUGACAAAGCAAAGAUCGACUUAGUGCUCAUUGGCUCAAAGGUGAACCUGAAAGACUUCUGGGAAAGUGGGGAGUGGGAGAUUAUUGAUGCACCUGGAUACAAACAUGACAUUAAGUAUAACUGCUGUGAAGAAAUCUACCCAGACAUCACCUACUCCUUCUACAUCCGUCGCCUGCCUCUUUUCUACACAAUAAACCUCAUUAUCCCUUGCCUCCUCAUCUCCUUCCUCACGGUGCUGGUUUUCUAUCUCCCGUCAGACUGUGGGGAGAAGGUCACCCUGUGCAUCUCCGUCCUGCUCUCCCUCACUGUGUUCCUGCUGGUCAUCACUGAAACCAUCCCCUCCACGUCGCUCGUCAUCCCGCUGAUUGGAGAGUAUCUUCUCUUUACCAUGAUUUUUGUAACUCUGAGUAUUGUCAUUACUGUCUUUGUGCUGAAUGUGCACUACCGUACUCCAAUGACUCACACGAUGCCGGAGUGGGUGAGGAUGGUGUUCCUCGGGGUGCUGCCCAGAGUGAUGCUGAUGAGACGGCCGAUUGACCAGGGCUGCUCAUCACCCGCCAGAAUUACAGGAGCGACAGGAGGAGGAGUCACCGGCGGAGGUAUUAAGAAGAGAAAGACCAGCAUAGGAGGAGGAAGCAGCUCUGGAAGUGUUGGAGGCAUAACUGGAGGCGUGGCAUGCCCACCGCUGGAUAGUGGCUCAGGGGCAGGUGGGACGUCUUCGGCUGGUGGCUCCAUGAACUGUGUGGAGUAUGGCGACGUGACCCGUGACCUUAACCGCGACAUGACUAGGAGGUGUCCCUACAGAGGCAAGGAGGUGCCAACUCCUGUUCCUCCACCGAUGGUUCCUCCACCUCCUCCCCAGGCAAACCCGGCUCAGGGGCCUCCAGAGUCAGAGCCGCCAAAAGCGCCGAGGCCUUUGAACGCCUCGUCGCCUGUCAGUGCUGUCGUUGCUUUUUCUGUGGUGUCGCCGGAGAUCAAGCAGGCCAUUGAGAGCGUGAAAUACAUCGCAGAGAACAUGAGGACACGCAACAAAGCCAAGGAGGUGGAGGAUGACUGGAAGUACGUUGCCAUGGUCAUCGACAGGAUUUUCCUGUGGGUUUUUGUGACAGUGUGUGUGCUGGGAACUCUGGGACUUUUCCUCCAGCCACUUAUAAGCUUCUUAAAAUGAAGAACUUGUCUUGCCUCUCUUUUUUCCCCCCUGCUUUACUUCUCUUACUGACAAUUUAUUUACACCUUACUUGAGUUACUCUAGAAAAUAUCCUGCAUUUAGCAGUGUCAAAUCAAGCACAAGACCAUUGUUGUUCCCUUUUUUAGGCUUUUGUCACUUCCUCUCUCUGUGUCUGGGGUGCCAUCAUCAACCAUCCUAUUUAGCUCUCUUCUGUAGAUUUCCCUAGACUGAAACACAUCUCUUUAUUCCUCAUCUAUUUGUCCUUUCAGCUGCCAGUUCAAUUCUAUAGCAAUGCUGGUAUCUUGUCUCCUUCCCAGUAUCACAUAUUUUCUGAAGCCUGGUUUUCUCGUCAUCUCCCUUCUGUUUAUUUUUUACCUCUCUAGUGUUUUACUUUGAGCUCCCACUGGAGGCAUCUUUCCACUGUCACUCCUUGGAGCAGCAGCUUAGAUAUCAGUUUCCAAGAACUCUUUGGUAACACAUUUCAGCAAAAAGAAGAAGAAGAAAAUUACUUCUUCUGAAUUACUUUGCAGUAGUUAGUUGUUGUAGGCCAGUUUAGUAAACCACAAUUUGGUCCAAUAAUGGCACUGAGUUGGGAAUUAUAGCACAAAAUGCUCUCUUCUAGAUAUGAUAAUGACAUAGCUAUGUUUUCUGGUAGAAGAUAAUGACCUGUUUAUCUAUGUUUUCCUUGUAGAGAAAAACAAAAGCGUAGUGCAUGCUGGCCUUUAACCUUUAAUGAUGACAUGUUUUCCAGUAUAUUUAUAUGCACAGGAAAUGAAUUCAGGACAGGGGUUUGCAAUGUAUGGAGGCACUUUUAACCACAAAAUGUACAAUUAAACUUGUAAAAUGACUUGAAACAGUAAAAAUGUUUAAUUCAAAUGAUUAUAAUCAGCAACAUUUUAUGUUUAUGGGUUUCAUUAUUGUAUUUCCUGUUUUUUCUAUCUUUUUUGUUAUAUUCAAAUAGCAUGUACAGCUCGUAAAGCUGCUGAAUCUUUUGUUUUGUGAAUCUGCUGUGGCGCUUAUUUUUCCAGGUCUAUGCCCAAAAUAUCUAAAGACAGAAAGAAACAUAUGACCAACUUAAUAUGAAAUAUUAUAGUUUUCAAUCUUCUUCUGCAGAUGGUUGCAAGGUGUUUUUGAUUCAUAGAAGUUUUCUUUAUAACAUAUUUGAUCUCAGUACCUGCAAGCUGGACUCCCUCAUGAAAAUCUUCUUCUGAAUUUCCAAACUAGAAUCACUUUGUCUUUUUAUUUUUAAAGUUUGUUUUUGUUUUUAGGCUCUUGUGGCCUUUGACAGAUGUGAGACAGUAAAGCAGGUUGUGAGAGGGAGGAAGAACAUGGGGCAAAGGUCAUCGAAUCUGUGACGGUCGUGUUGAGGAAUAAGGUCUUGAUACAUGGGUUGCACUGUAACUCGCGCACCACGCUGCGCCUGAAGUGUCUGCUUUGUUUUAACAAUGUUGAAAUUAUGAUAUAUUUAAACACUUACUCAUUGAGUUUGAAAUUAUGUAUCUGUAGUAACAAACAUAUUUUCAGAACUUAAUGUAAAUUAGCAUAUUCAAAUGAUUAUUGUAAGAAAACGCCCUGGUAAAGAAAAGAGGUAAGUUAAUUGUGGCAUAUAAAAGAUACACAAUCACAUGAAUUAUUGUGCAUCUAGAAGAUGCUUUAUUCUUCAAUCACACACAUUUAAAGGUCACUCGUGAGACUAAAUGUGGCUGUGAUCUCUCACAGGUAUGUACACACAAAUGUGUUCAAUGUUUAGAGUAGCGACAGCUCAACAUCUCAGUAAAAUAGAGUCAUUGAGGCUUUGAGUAGCCCAUCUGAUGCCCAACAGUUCAGUUUAAUCCCUACUUGAGUCAGUGAGCAUGCACAUAUGUGUUCCUGCACAUGUGUUUGUUGGAGAGGAGAACAAAAAAGGCUGCACGUGUCGACGGAAGAUGUAAGAGUAAUCAAGCGGGUUGAGAUGGUGACAGAGCUAAAGCAUGCGAGUUCCUGUGUGUGCCUGGUAGCAUGAGUCUCACUGAAGUCGGAUUAAGGGAUGGAUGGAGGCUGAAUAUGGAGAUGAAGGGGGAACUGUGGUACAGACACACACAGUAACCAAUCUGUCUCAGUCUUCAGCCUGACAGUCACAUCAUCUUCUGCCUGUGACAGAUUGAGGAUGUCAAUUAAAGAUCCACUGGCUUUUCAAUCUAUAUUUGGACUGUAGCUGUUUGAUGCGUGGAACACUAACAGGCUCUAGUCACUGCAAUGCCUCUCAAACUAAUAACAUAGAGGGUGAAAAAGUAAACAAGAGGGACAUUGCUAUGCUCUUUUAUCCCUCUUCUGAUGAUUAACCCUCCUAUUGCUUCCUGACAACUUUUUUACUUUGAUUUCAGCAACAGAACGGAAGAAAGACUCAGAAAUCAGCAACUUCAAGGCAGCUUGGGCCACUUAAUCUGAAUUUGAAAUGGUUUUCCUUUCAUAUUUUAAAAGCAGGCAGAUCUUUGAUUCAUUGUACUUCAAGUGCUUGGUGGCAGUCAGGUCAUAUCAGAGUGCUGCGCAGCUCUGGGUGGUAAAUUCAGGGAUUAUACAUUAUUGAGACCAUCACAUGGAUGAAUAUUUUACAUGAUUCGUUGCAGCUAACUCUUGACUGUUGGAAUCCAGCUCACGGAUGGCAGACCUUCCUGGACCGAGAACAUUUCCUUACUGUACAGCUUCUCUUUUUAUCUGUCUCUUUCCUCAUACUUCUUGCCCUUUACUUGAAAGUUUUUUUUAACCUGUGCACAUGUUAAAGACACUCGCAGUUGAAUUACAGGAUGAGACAGGGUCACUGCACCGCAGAGAGGCGGAUGGUGAGCUAGGCUGCUCUUUUCAGCCACUGGGUGCAGAAUGGUACAUGCUUGCAGUCAGCGGACCGUGGAUAAGCAAAGGAGACUCGGAGCUAAAUAAUUCAUUCCAAUGGGAGCCUUCAAAACACAUGCACACACAGAUAAAGGGUAUUCUACUUCUCAAAACUAGCUACUACUUGCACUAGAUCACUGUCCACAUUACCCAUAGAGAGCAAGUUUCUAAUUUUAUCCUUGGUUAAUAUUUAUAGAUGUGGUGAAGAACCAUUGACCUGGAACUAUAACAAUAGCUUCUUGAGUUUUCUUGGUCAAGAAAUUGAUAAAAAGUUUUAGCUUUUAUUUUAGGUACAUAUAUUAAUCAAAGUUUAAUUACUAAAAAUAUACAUUUUAUACUAUUUGUUUUAUUGAACUGGAUCCUAAUGUGGCCUCAUUUUUGCAGUGGAUUUGUCUAAACGUUAAUUCUAACCUACAUACUUUCACUUUGGUGUUACUAAUUAUUCAUAGAAAUUCAGAUUAACUUGGAAUGUCUGUCAUGAACCUUUAUACAAUCGUAAUGUUGUAGUGAAGUUGUUAUUUACAUAGAAGUUGAUUAAAAUUGCAUUGACAGUCAGAAUAAUUGUCCAGCUUAAAAGCAAAGUCAGAUAAAAAAGUAAAACUUACUGUAACAGUUUAAGUAAACACAAUUUUUCUAUUUGGGUACGACUCUGGCUUGUGGCACUUUAAAUAUCCUGUCCUCAGUAUUCCUUUCUUGCAUUUGUUAUUGUAUAUACUGUAUAUCACAACUGUGUAUAUAUUAUGAUUGUAAAUAUCCACACAAGGCAAAGAUGCAUAGAAGAAUGUGUGCAUUUUCUAAUGCAAAUCAACAGAGAGGACUGCAUGGACGAAUAUGCCUGGGGGCUUUAAAGUAAUUUUCUGCAUAAAGUAUACAAAGUAAAUCAAAAGAAAUAGUUGUGACUGAAGUUGUUUACUUUAGGCAUUUUCUUUUCACAAUGUCAUGUAAAAUCCACCUGAAGUGGACUUAAUGGUGGUAAAAUAUUGUUUUUUAUGUUUAGAUCGUAUCUGCUGAAGCUUUUAUGUAUUAUUAAACAUCAGUUGGAUUUCUCA